GAGGUUCAGCGGACAUUGAUGUACGAUAGACAGCAGGGCAAAACGAAAUCGUGUAGCUUGAUUUCAAGUGUUGUAGCAGUAAUAAACCAAAUAACGAAAAUAAAAAACAUGCAUAAAAGAUAAGAUUAAAAUAAAUAUCUAUUUUCUUACUUACCUGCUUAAGAAACUGAUACAAUAUGGACACAGUCGAAAGAAAAGAGUCUGAACUAAGAGGUAGUCGCGAAAAAGAGGACAUUGACAUAGGCAGGGCGCUGGAAAGAAACAAAACAAAUGCAAAUGCCGCUGAAGCUCCCGAGAGGCAGGUUAGGAAACAGACGAAGAGACGCGGUAAAAUGAGUGCAAGUUCAGGGAGUGGGGGAAGCACCACUUAUUGGUGUGAACCCUGCCAAACACAACUCUCUAAUAAGGGGUUUUAUGAUAUACACAUUGGAAGCAAGACCCAUAAAAGGACAUUGAGGAAAAAGGGAAUUUCAAAAGUUGCAGUGGGGAAAAUUUCUCAUGAUAAAGUUCAGACACCAAGAUUGUCAUAUAUGAGACCAAGUAUGAGUAUGGAUAUCCACUUUCGACAUUUUGUUUUGAAAGAGGACCAGCAGUUUCACAGAGAAAAAUACAAAACCAGAAGCAUAACUUCGGAAGACGAUUAUUUCAACAACCUUCUUCUAUACAUAUAUCAUAUUACCUCCUAUCUGAGCAUCAAGUUGGCAUUAGAUGAAAAUGUAAAACAAGCAAAAAUAUCAAUAAAUGAUAAGAAAUGGCAGUCCUUUGGUGAUAUCGUAGUCUACGUUGCAUAUAGCAAUAGAGAGAUGACUUAUGCUAUAAAGUGUAAACAGGUUACAAGCUCAAAACAUCAAAUAGAUUCACUAAAAGAGGCUAAAGUAGAAAUUCACAAAGAAUACAGCAGUGUCUGCAAGCUGAUCGAACGACUGAUACCUCAGCUAGACAAAGUAACAAUGAAUAAGCAUUUCACCAGUAUUUACAACGCCAUCGAAUAUCUGACAGGAGUGACGCAGUUCGCGAUUUUCACACCAUGCGGAGCAGGCUCAAACUUUAGCAGAUCAUUUGAUCCGACUGUAGAGAACAUGAAAUCCAUGUGGGGAUCUAUAAUGGAGAUCAAUAAACAUGGAAAACCGAUAGAGACCAAACUGGACUACAUAGCUCAGAAAAUAAAGACGGCAGAUUUGAAUAGAGAGACAGGCCUAGUGAUAAGAACUGCAAAGCGAAAUGAGAUCAUAAAUACAAACCCUGACAGGGAGACUAUAUUCAAUUUUCAAACCCAAAUGUAUGAGAAAUCGGUAGUUAUGCCGAAUAUAUCGAUUUAUACGAAUCAGAAUGUGUAUCAAAAUAGUAUCACUGAUUUGGUGAAGAAGAAGUUUAGUAAGUACAGCUACCCAGAUAUAACGGAGUGUUAUAGAAGGUAUAUCGAAGACUGGAGUACUGGCAAGCUUGGUGGCAACUACAAGAUAACAAAGAAGGACAUAAUACUUAAGAUUGGCGAAAUUCUUUUAAGCAAAUACGUGGUCGGUCCAAGAAUGGUCAAGUUGAAUACCACCAAUGACAGCUUUGAUACAUGGAAUUCUGUUAUAGACAAGGUGGACUUGACCAUUGUCGACGACGAACAAUUCAUAAUCAGCAAGAUAUGUCAGCCGAUCAACAAACUUAUAGAAGAUAUAUUUUCAGUAAAAAUUGAUACCUCAAUGAGAACAAUAAAAUUAGCGAAAGAAUUCAUACAAGAAAAAGAUGAUGUAGUAAAGAAAUUCAUCAAAUUAGAAAAAACAAUCGAAGAAAUGAAAGACAAAGAGAUGAAAGCUUAUCUAUUUGAAGAAGUACAUGAUUUUCUUGAUGUACCUCUUUCUAAAAUAUACAUGGCUCUUUGGAAGGCUGGCAAGAUCCCACUCCUGAUGUCAUCAAAACGGUACGAAGAUGACAAGCCUUUUAUAUUAGAAGUAAUAUCUUUCAUGAAAUCUCAUGGUGUGAAUAAGAAGUUUUUACUGAAAACUGCACAGCCUGAAAUGGUCAAGUCACAGGAUGGUUUAAUCAUUUUUAAAAAUCUACAUAAUAUCCAAUGUUUUGUGGACCUGGAGACUAUUUCUAUUAGAGUUGCAGACAGUUUCAUACUACCUUUGGGAGAAAUACAAGUAACGGAUCAGUUCUUCUUCAAGUGGGUUACACCAAACACAUUUUUGGAUUUGACUUUGGGAAGGUAUAGUAUCAAGAGGAAUAUAUUUAAGAAUGAUAUAGAGAACGAAUUGAAAAUUGUAUUGAGCGACGAUAUGUUAGAGAAAAUUAAAGAAACAUUGUAUAAAAGAAAUCGGUCGGCUAUAAAGUCAGAUACUCUGGAUAGGCUGGAAGGCUUGGAUCCACUGUGGUUUGGAUAAGUUUCAAAUAUUGAUAAAUGAUCUACAAUAUCGAAAGCUUUUACACAACCAGAUCUGAGAGGAUAAAGGCCCAGAGAAGUUUUGCGAAGGAAGAAGUAGAUAAACGAGAACAUUAAUCACUACAAUGUUCUGUAUUUUGCACCAAAUGUAUUUUUGUACUAAGUGAAACUUUAAAAAAGUCCAUGAAUAAUAUGCUAACGUUUAUUAACAUUUGAAUUGACAUAGUUCAGAAUCAUACACACUAAACAAAUAAAUACAAUACAGAUAUUUAUAUUGUCGAUUUUAACAAUAGCUACUCUAAUAUUUAUAUACUUUUUAAUAGUCAUUUUUAUAACCUGACUUUAUCAUGAAAUGCAAGUGUUCUAUAUUGGAAUGUGAACAUAUAUAUGUAUUAUAUACCUAAAAUAUACGAAAAUUCAACAAUAAAGAAUCUUGAAAAAACAUUAUGAUAUAGCAAAUUUCAAUCAACUAAUCUUUAUACAGUAUGAAUCAUACCCAUAUCACAAUUAAAUGAAAACAUUGAAAACAAAUUUAGGCAAGCCGAUUAAAUUACUAGAAGUUGCAUCCAAACUUAUGUUUGAAUUUUAAAUUCUAUAUAAUUCUGGUUCCAUCCCCACAAAGUCAUUUUGCUUGGUUAGUUAUCAAAAUGAACUAUGGCAUCAUAGUAUUUCUCAAACAUAAUCAUAAAUCCAGAGAAGAUUCAUUCCUAAUCCUAAAAUGUCAAAGUUUUAUAUAAUAUACACUAUAGUUUCAAUUUGUCACAAUCGGCACAGAUCAAAAUAUAUCUGCCAUAAAGUGUAUCAAGGGCAUCACUAUAGGAUUGAAACAUGAAUUUAAAUGGAAAAUUCCAGUGCUAUUUUUUUAUAUCCCAAGAAUAAAAUCACACGUGGUACACCUAUUCUGGUAGUAACACCUUCAGAACAUCUGACGUCAGAAUCUCCCCAUUCCCUGCGAUAGCAAGUGUCAAUCGCGUAUCACAGUCAAAGAGCCAAAUGUAGAGUGACGCGUAUCAAGGAUGCUCUAUUGCCACUUACUAGAUUUAAUGUAGUUAUCUGUGAAAAUAGGGAAAUGUGAGCGCGAGAUGUUUUGCAGUAGGUUAAAUUUGAUUUUGACCGAAGUAGCGACAAAUCUCAUUCAUUGUGAUUAAUAAAUACUAAACUCAGUGCAUGUCACAAGACUAGAUACUUACAGCUAGUGACCGUGAACGCAGCAAAUAUUUGAUUUAG